AUGCAGCUCCCCCGAGCCUCCUCCCGGUGCUCUCCCCCGCGCAGCUCCCCUGUUCUUUCCUCCGGACCAAAAAUCACUUCUUUCCAUCUCGAUCUAGAGGGCAUGGGGAUGAGGGCGGCGACAAGCGUGCCUGUUGCCGCGGUGAGCUCGGUACUCUUCGCCAGAUCCCUUCCCCAGACUCCGCUCCCGACAACAGCUCAUUGCUGGGGCUUCCCCCCAUGGACGAGGAGGAGGAGGACGAGUGCUGCCCGGCAGAGUUCUUCCAGCUGCUUCCUGGAGCGGUCCAGGGAGAUGGGCAGCUCUCCUACUGCUGGUGCGGCAGUUCUGCCCGAUGGACUUCUUCCAGCCGUCCUGGGCUGCAUUAGCUGGUGGUGGCAGGGCUUCAUCGGGCGGAGCUGCAAGUACAGAUAA